AUGACGUUUGAUGGACUGUACUACAGCUACCAAGGGAAUUGUACAUACGUCCUUGUGGAAGAGAUUAACAAGAAAGUUGACAACUUUGGUGUCUACAUUGAUAACUACCAUUGUGAUACACGGGAUGUGGUAUCCUGUCCUCGAACGCUCAUUGUGAGACACGAGACUCAGGAAGUGCGCAUAGCAACAGUCAAACUAAAUACUCUACAAGUAGAGGUGACAGUAAACAAACAGGCAGUGGCUUUGCCUUAUAAAAAAUUUGGUGUGAGCAUCUAUGAGUCAGGCAUAAAUCGUGUAGUGGAAAUUCCUGAACUAAAAAUGAAUGUGACCUACAAUGGCUUGUCGUUUUCCAUCAGAAUGCCUUACAGCCUGUUUGGCAACAACACUCAUGGACAGUGUGGUACUUGCAAUAACAACACAGCAGAUGACUGCAUGUUGCCGAAUGGAAACAUUGCAGAAAACUGUGAAACUAUGGCAGAUCAUUGGCAAGUUGUUGAUCCCUCCAAACCACAGUGCUCUCCAGGACAAAUUCCCACAAAAGCACCUAGCACAACCCCGAUGCAGCCUUGCAAAGAAUCUUCCAUCUGCGAGCUUCUUUUGGGAAGUGUGUUUGAGCCGUGCCAUGCCUUUGUCCAUCCUGAUAAGUACUAUGCAGCCUGCGUUUUUGAUAGCUGUGUACUUCCCAACUUAGACCUGGAAUGCUCAAGUCUGCAGAUCUAUGCUGCCACCUGUGCUGAUCAAAGUGUAUGCAUUGACUGGAGAAGUCAUACCAAUGGUGUUUGCUCUUAUAAAUGCCCCCCAGGUAAAGAAUACAGAGCAUGUGGUCCUAUUAAAGAGAUAACCUGCAAAUCAAGUCAACAAAACGACACUUCAACUAAACAAGCAGAAGGCUGUUUCUGUCCUAAUGGAACAAUGCUGUAUGACUCUGGUGUGGAUGUCUGUGUGAAAACCUGCGGCUGUGUUGGAGUGGAUAAGAUACCAAGAGAGUUUGGGGAAAGGUUUACAGUAGACUGUCAGGACUGUAUUUGCCUGGAAGGUGGAAGUGGCAUUGUAUGUGAGCCUCAUGAAUGUCCCAAACAAAAUAAGAUCAGUUGUGAUGGAGAAGGCUUCUACGAGAUCAAUGAAGUCAAUUCUGAAGACUCCUGCUGCCCCAUUGUCACCUGCAAAUGCAAUACAAGCUUGUGCACGACUGUAGCCCCCAAAUGUACACUGGGAUUUGAAGUUCAUUCUCAUAUUCCCAGUGGUCAGUGCUGUCCUGAGUACCAGUGUGUUCCCAAGAGGGUUUGUGUACAUCAGAAUGCUGAGUUCUUGAGAGGGAGGAUCUCUGUGUCGGAGAUAAGGCUUAGUCCUGGAGAGUUUAAAAAUGAUCCUUACAACAACUGCACCAUUUAUAGCUGUGUAAAUAUCCACAACCAGUUUAUCUCUUCCACAUCUGAGAUUACCUGCCCAGCAUUCAAUGAGGACAGCUGCAAACCUGGAACUGUUACAUUCUUGCCUAACGGUUGUUGCAGAACUUGUGCACCUUUGGAUAGUCCCACACCAUGCUCUGUCCGUCAAAGAAAAGACUUUAUCGUCUAUAAGGGCUGCCGUUCUGUGGACAGAGUUGUCAUGACUGAAUGUGAAGGAACAUGCGGAACCUUCUCGCUGUGA